UGGCUUUUGAAACUGAUGACCUGAGAGGACCAUCAUUUGAUGACUUGGGAAUUAGCAGUUUGGAGGUGACAUGUUCGAGAGGCAGAGGGCUGAAUAAGGAAGUAAAGAUAGGGAAACGUUAUGCCAUAAAACCUUGGGAGAAUAAUAAGCAAAUAGCAUCCUAAAGUAAUUGUGUGGCUUGUAUCUCUCAGCAGGAGGGCAAAAAUGAAAGCAGGCUGUAGCAUCGUGGAAAAGCCAGAAGGAGGUGGAGGGUAUCAGUUUCCUGACUGGGCCUACAAAACAGAGUCCUCUCCAGGCUCCCGGCAGAUCCAGCUGUGGCACUUCAUCCUGGAGCUGCUGCAGAAGGAGGAGUUCCGCCAUGUCAUCGCCUGGCAGCAGGGCGAGUACGGGGAGUUUGUCAUCAAGGAUCCGGACGAGGUGGCCCGUCUCUGGGGCCGCAGGAAAUGCAAACCACAGAUGAAUUAUGACAAGCUCAGCCGGGCCCUCAGAUACUAUUACAACAAGAGGAUCCUUCAUAAGACAAAAGGGAAAAGAUUUACUUACAAAUUUAACUUCAGCAAACUGGUGAUGCCCAACUACCCAUUCAUCAACAUUCGAUCAGGUGGUGUGGUUCCUCAGAGCGCGCCGCCAGUGCCGACCGCGUCCUCCCGCUUCCACUUCCCACCUCUGGACACCCAUUCUCCGAACAGUGACGUGCCGCCAAGCCGCUUUUCAGCCACCUCCCUGACUGCGUCUGUCCAGGAGUCCGGCAGUGGCCCGGACAGGAAGGCGGAGCUCUCGGAGCUGGAGGACGGCUCCACUGCUGACUGGCGCCGGGGUGUCGAUCUCGUGUCCCCGCGGAGUGCAGUUGGAGGAGGAGGGCUUGGCCACCAGAAACGCAAGCCUGAUGCAGUGCUUCCUCUCUUCACGAGGCCAGGGCUGUACCCUGACCCGCACAGUCCCUUUGCUAUCUCUCCGAUCCCUGGCCGAGGAGGUGUCCUGAAUGUCCCCAUUUCACCGGCCCUUUCCCUGACUCCUACAGUCUUCUCCUAUAGCCCUUCGCCAGGCCUGAGCCCCUUCACCAGCAGCAGCUGCUUCUCCUUCAACACGGAGGAAAUGAAACACUACCUUCAUUCUCAAGCCUGUUCGGUGUUCAACUACCAUCUGAGUCCCCGGACUUUUCCGCGUUACCCAGGGCUCAUGGUUCCGCCAUUGCAAUGCCAAGUGCAUCCUGAGGAGCCGACUCAGUUUUCUAUCAAACUGCAGCCUCCGCCCAUUGGGCGCAAGAACCGCGAAAGGGUAGAGAACAGUGAGGAACCUGCACCCACCGUGGCACCUGUGCCACCACGAAUUAAGGUAGAGCCCACCUCUGCCGUCUCUGAGAAGGAUCCUGAGAGCCUCAGGCAGUCCGUCCGAGAGAGGGAGGAGCAUUCUCAAGAAGAGGGUGCUGUGCCGAGCAGGACCACGGAAGAGGGGAAAGGCACCAUCUUUGCCCGCCCCACCGCCCCGCCCGCCUGGCCCUCCGUACCCGUUAGCACCCCAGGUGAACCCCUAGAGGUGACUGAAGACAAUGAGGACAGGCCUGGCAAAGAGCCCAGUGCUCCUGAGAAGAAAGAAGACGCUGUGAUGCCUCCGAAGCUCCGGUUAAAACGGCGCUGGAACGAUGACCCUGAGGCCCGGGAGCCACCAAGUAAGAACAGCAAGUUCCUCUGGAAUGGAUCGGGACCCCAGGGCCUGGCGGCGGCAGCUGCUGAUGCAUAGAACUACAGUGUGUGGGGGCUGUUUGUGUUCUGAUGAAAUACAUCUGUGUACUCACGUAGCGGAUGGGGGCGGGGGGCAGGCUGGUUUGAGCAUCCUGGGGCGUAGACUUGUACUUACGUUGGGAUGGGAUGGGCAUCUUCUGUUGUAAAUUAGUGGGAUGUGAACACACUUUGAUGAGUAGGAGAUGAGAGGGUAUUGAACUGAGAGGGGAAGGAAGGAACCUGUUUCCUGUCUGAGGCUUACACUUCCUGACAGGGAAACUCCUAGAGGACCCAGGUACUCUGCUCCUGUGGUAGUUCAGGUUCCAGACUUUUUUUUUUUUUUUUUUUUGUAUUUAUAUAUAAAAAGCCAUUGAUGAGUUUAUUUUGCUCUGAGAGAGAUUCAUAAAAGGGAAAGGGUCGUGGUUAGGACAGUAGCAAGUGAGAGGCCAUUAAUACUAAGUAUUUUGCCUGAAAUGUUUCUUUAUAAUUAAUUAUUUCAGGGGAGGAAUAAGAUUGUGUCAGUCCUACUGGAGCAGGGGGCUGUUCAGAUGUUGGUCUUUUUUUUUACUUUUUACUUUCUUUUGUUGUUUGGUGUUUUUCUUUUCUUUAAAAAAAAAAUGCGUCAGGACCCAAGAGCAUCCUGCUAAUUAUAGAGUCCGUAUGAAGACAGGAGCUGCACCCCAGGCUGCAGGGCUGAGGCAGAAAGCCUGCUGUGCAUCCCUUGGUCUUUUCACCUACUUCACCUACUAAGAAGCCAUGAGGAGUUGUAAACUCCUGUUCAGGGAAGAAAGGAGGGCAGGAGGAAGUAACCCAAUGCCUUUAAAAACAAAUGAAAAAAGAUGAUCCUCAUUUUUCCUUUUCCAUUAUGGGUUUGGGGAGCCAAACCAAAGCAUGGCUGAGCAGGCUCAUCCAGAGGCGCGACGGUAUUGUCGAAGAUGUCUGUCCAUCGUGUGUCUCCUCGUUUUCUAAAGUUGAGCCUUAACUACGAACAUACUCACAGAUGAUACGGGUCUGUCAGCGAAAACCUGUGCGGGGCAUGGACAGCUGCUCAGAUCAUCCUGGAGCACCGAGACAUGGCCAGACUCCUGGCCGAUACUUAGCCUUUCCCUCUUGACGUUACUGGGGUAGGGAGCAGGAAGGCAGGAUGGUGGGAGCUACAGGUAGGUGGAGCCGGGAAACAUGGAAGGUACUGGGGGAUCCAUUGCAUGUUUGUGGAGCCUGAAGGAAGACACCGGGGCACCAAGUGCCAAGAGGCCUGGCGUGCGUGAAGGGGGUGUCCUGUGGGGUGCCAUUUCUGCCAUCCCUGUUUGGCCAUACUGUUCCAGUCUCCUGAGCAGUUGACUGUCUCGCGUGAGACUCCAGGUUACAAACAGUGAGAAAAUGUUUCUUCAUGGGAAGAUCCCUUCCGGCAACUUCAAGUAGGAAAGUACUGAUCUUAUGUGAAGCAAGACUAGAACGAGGAGCAGAGAGAGGCAGCAGCCACUCUUCUGUGUGCGCACGCAGCUGUGAGGCCACCCAGCUGGGGCUCAGCUCCGCCUCGCAGGGCAGCAGGGAGAGAAGCAACUGCACAUCUGUUGAGGGCAAGCGAGGUGUGAGAACGGUGUCUAGGGAUCAGAGCUGUUCCUGCCUCUACCUUGGCUUAAGAGAACUCUAUAAAGUAAUGUCCCAGGAUUAUCCUUUAAUGGUGGGCUGGUUUUGGUUUUAACUGGAGUUCCUGCAUGAGAGAAGGUGAGAGGCCUGGGCAGGCAUCCUCCCCUUGCUUGAUCCAAAUUCCAUGAGCGGCUCACCUUCCCCAGGGAAGGAACUUCAGCAGUGGUCCUUGCAGACUCAGGCUCGGGUCAGGCUACCUUUGUGUUACGGUUCUGUCAGUUUCCUUUUUUGCACCUGACUUACCUCUGAAAGGAAAGCAAGCCCGGCAGGUGGAGAACGGCUCACUUGCCUGAUCAAACCAGGGAGGCCGCUGGCCACCCACUGCCCCUAAGGGGAGGCCAGCAGGUGUUGGUAUGAACUCAGGAACAGAAACACGAGGCCUUUAAAGUAGGAGAGAAAUCCGUGAUGCAUACCUGUAACCCCUAGAACACAAGUGCCAGAAUAAAUUCCUAGAUGCUGCUUCUGUUUGAACAAAAAGUCACUGCUUUUACACUUGAAAAAACACUCGAAAAAUGUUCGACUCCAUGAAAAAUGUUUUUUGACUUCAAGAAAUUGUUUGGUGUGUAACUGUUUCCUCUGAUUGCCAUUCCACCAGUAAUGUUGGCUGAUUUGCACUGGGGCUGGGGUUGGGGUUGGGGUUGGGGUGGGCCUGCUAAGGAGCGGACCAGGCUGCAUGGAGAUCCUGGAUCCUUGUUGGGCAGAGGAGAGUUUUCCUUCCCCAGCCCGCUCCUGGCAGCACCCGUCACCUGGUACAGAACCAGGCCUUUCUCUUGCAUGAGCAUCUCAUCACUGUCCGACAGCAGGCGGGAAAGGGGGUAAAAGUGGACCUACUUUUUCCCAAUUUUGCUGUGCCAAAUGUUCAAAACUACAAAUAUAAAUCUAUUGCAAUUUCGUUAACCAUGAACUUGUUCGUGUAAACAGUUUGCUCUUUUAGCUGUAGAAAACAGCAGAGAUCUCUUACUGGCAUUGAGCCUUGCUGAGCUCCCUUUUUCCCUAAGGGGUGGAUAGGAGCAGAACACAGACAGUUCACCGAGCUCCUGCACCCUGGUGUCGGACUGUACCGCGUUAACCCAGCUUGCUGCAACAGGGAAGGACUGCACCCCAGGGGCCCGGGGCUGAGACACCUUCAGAAGCAUUAAAAAUACCACUUCUUGGCAAGUGGUGUGAGUCAGUCAGCUGUUUGUCCCUUGUUUAUUUAUUCCAUAAUUAUGUUUGUGCUUUUUCUUUUGCAAACUGUAAUGGCACAUAGUUUUCUAUGGUUGGAAAGAAAACUUUGAUUCAGUCUUUAAAGAACUGUUCCAUUUUUAGUUUCUUUUGUGGGGGGGUAGCAGUAAUUUGUUUUUAAAUAUUUAGACAUUCUUUGAAUUAUAAAAUUGUGAUGCAGGGAUUUCCGAGUGAGACAGUCACAUGUGAAAGAUGACAUUGCUAGUUACCCGCUUAAGCAGAAUAGUGUGUAUAUGUACAUAAAAUGUAAGUAAUCUUAACUCCAUUGUGCAGUGCCUUUUAGAUGUUCCGCUUUCUAUAAAGUCUUCAGAAUUUUGCGUAUAUAUUAUAUAUAUGAUGUAAUGUUAUAGAAAUAUAUGUAUAAUAUACAUAUUUUUUUCCAGGGGUAUCUGAUAG